UGUAAUGCGCAUGCGUCCUGUCGCUCAUUGUGUUCGUAAAGAUGGCGUUGAGUAAAACAUUUGGACAAAAACCAAUAAAAUUUCAACUCGAGGAAGAUGGGGACUUUUUUAUGAUAGGUUCAGAGGUCGGCAACUAUCUUCGUAUGUUCAGAGGCUCUCUGUACAAGCGGUACCCGUCGCUAUGGAGACGCCUCGCAUCCGUGGAGGAGAGGAAGAAGGUUGUAGCAUCAUCUCACGCCACCAGUGUGACCCUGCUGAAGGCAUCAGAGUGUGAAGAAAUCUUCGAGGGCAAUGAUGAGAAGUACAAGGCGGUGUCGAUCAGCACAGAACCUCCAGCGUAUCUCAGGGAGCAGAAGGCAAAGAGGAACAGUCAGUGGGUGCCCACCUUACCCAACAGCUCCCAUCACUUGGACGCAGUGCCUUCCUCCACCACCAUCAACCGAAAUCGAAUGGGACGUGACAAAAAAAGGACUUUCCCAUUAUGUUUCGAUGACCAUGACCCUGCUGUUAUCCAUGAAAACGCUUCUCAGGCAGAAGUUCUGGUGCCCAUCCGUCUGGAUAUGGAGAUCGAUGGGCAGAAGCUGAGAGAUGCCUUCACUUGGAAUAUGAAUGAGAAACUUAUGACUCCAGAGAUGUUUGCUGAGAUCUUGUGUGAUGACCUGGAUCUGAAUCCUCUCGCUUUCGUCCCUGCCAUCGCCUCUGCUAUUAGACAGCAGAUUGAGUCUUACCCCACCGACAGCAUUUUGGACGAGCAGACGGACCAGAGGGUCAUCAUCAAGCUAAACAUCCACGUAGGAAACAUCUCGCUGGUGGACCAGUUCGAGUGGGACAUGUCGGAGAAGGAAAACUCACCAGAAACGUUUGCUUUGAAGCUCUGCUCUGAGCUGGGCCUCGGAGGAGAGUUCGUCACCACAAUUGCCUACAGCAUCCGAGGACAGCUCAGCUGGCACCAGAGGACGUACGCCUUCAGUGAGAACCCUUUACCCACGGUGGAGAUUGCUAUUAGGAACACAGGUGAAGCCGACCAGUGGUGUCCACUGUUGGAGACUCUGACAGACGCAGAGAUGGAGAAGAAAAUUAGAGAUCAGGACAGAAAUACAAGACGCAUGCGACGACUUGCCAACACUGCCCCCGGCUGGUAGAAAAAAGGCAUUACUGAUGCUGCCACUCAAUAAGCUUUCAGUCUGCCUCAGGGUUGCUGGAGGCUUUUGCACAAAUACACACAACAUUCUUGAUGACAUGGCCUUCGGACCUCCUCAACAGCAUUACACACACUCCACACACUGGAGUCCACACUCAUAGGAGCAGUUUGGACUGCACUGAUCAUAAGUCAGGUAUUAAUUUGCCUGUCAUUGCAGUUUCUCUGGGCUCCAGUUAUAGAUAACUCUGGUUGUAAUAACGGAACGUUGUUGAGAAUGUUCGAUUGAGUAUUGUGGGGGUUUUUUUGUUAAUGGUGCUAAUCCAUACUUUGAAUUUGACUUGUUUUUUUAAAUAAAAGAAAUUGCAAAUUGUAUGCAUGUGACUCUGUUUUCUAGUGGGGAUUUCUAGAUGUGCAACAUUGGCUAUGAAUGAAAUUAUGCCAUGGGAAUAUCGUUUGCAUCUAUAUUGAAUGCGCACAUUUUUUCUAGUUAUAUUUAGCUCUAAGAAAUUACUUCCAAUUUACUGAAACUGGAAUAAAAGGAGUGUUAUGAAAAUGUGUAACUCAAAACCAAUGAAAACAGUUCCUGAUAAUAUUGGAAGUUAUUUAAAUUUCAGUACAAGCAUUCCGCUCUGGUCCGCUUCAGGUUUAUAACUGUUUUUUUCUGUGCAUUAGCGCAUCAGCUGUGCCCAAAAUCUGUCCUCUUAACCGCAUACGUCAUGCACAAAGUCCCACGCACCGUGGUUUCCAAAGCAUGUGAGAUGUUGUAUCUUUAAUGUGUAUGGAAACUGGAAUCAGUUCAAUCAAACCCCAGAAAGGCCUCAUUAUCUGACGUCUGUGAUAGAUUAUAUAUUCCCAUAAUUCUCUGGCAGUCUGUCGUAGCACAUACGAUGGGUGGAACUAUAAAAAGUAAUGGAACAGUAGAAAUUGAGUUGUUACAGCUCCCCAGAGAUACAUUUUUCUUGUGCACAGUACCUGUUACAGAUUUUCUAUUGUUGAGACUUGGCGACGUGUAUCUUUAGAGGGGAAUAA